UAGGAGGCAGAGGUAAACGGAAGUCGUUCUCCUUGUGGAAAACUAGAGAAUACUUCAAAUUAAUUUUACCAAAAUGUAGAAUCUUGUCCGAUUUUAUUAGUGUGCUACAACUAGAAAGCAUAUUUUGUCAAUGACACGUAUAACAACACUGUAGUAAUCAUGUUUAAUGAUGAAGCUUUGGAUGCCGUUGGCUUUGAGUCACAGUGGAGGAAAUCGCUGGAAUUGGAACAGGAGUCGAGAGGCUGUCAAACCCGGCCUGUGCGCACAGCUGAGGCUCAAGUACAGGUACUGUUGACUUCAGAUAACGGCACUCAGACAGAUCCGCAAGACCACCUGGCACACCAGUUCCCACUAGAAGGUGAGCUUCGACCAACGUUUUCAGGGCUGAGCGACUUCCUGCACAGAGUGGAGGACAUGAUUGUCAAGGAAUUGGCCAAAAAUGCAAAAAGUCAUGCCUUCGAUGGAUUCGAUGUGAAUUGGGAGGACCAGAAUGAAACAGUGUCAUGCAAGCAUCGUCUGCAGCAUCUCGUUGCCCAGGAGAAGGGUCUUCACGUUACCAGCAUAUCCUGGAGCUGCACAGGUUCAGUAAUUGCCUGUGCAUUUGGUCGGGUUGAUGAUGGAGACUGGAGUGCAGAGAAGUCCUGCGUUUGCACUUGGAACCUGGACCGCAGAGGCCUGAACCCCAAACGACCCAACACGGUCAUAGACGUGGCGAGGCCAGUGAUGUCUCUCUCUUUCCACCCCACUAGCCCCUCUCUCAUUGCUGGGGGACUCUACAGUGGAGAAGUUGUGGUCUGGGACACAAACAGGACCCAGGACCCCGUUUUGGCCCAAACAGGAAUGUCGACGGACGCUCAUCGGGAGCCAGUGUAUCAGGUAGCCUGGGUCCCCGGACAAAGGAGAGGGGAAAUGUUGGUUCUUAGUGCGGGCUCCGGGGGCAGGGUACUGCUUUGGACAGUGGAUGGGGGGAGUUUGGUGCUCAGUGCCGGCUACGCCCUAGUCAGACAGCAGGUGCCUCACAACAGUUCACUGAGCAAGGGUCGUGGUAGCAGCAAUGUUGGGGUCACCUCACUGGCCCUGUCCCCCUGGGACUCUGACACAUUCCUGGUGGGCUCCGAAGGCGGCCUGGUCCUCAAGUGCUCCUUCUCCGCCCAAGAGCUGGCAGCGGCUCCCCCCGAUGGAGAGAGUGUGGCACUGCGAGCCCCGGCCCAGUUUUCCUUCAGCCCCAGGGGAGGCCCUGUCCAUUCCUUACACUACUCCCCUUUCCACAGGAACCUGUUUGUCAGUGUGGGGACCGACGGCCUGGCCCGCCUUCACUCUCUGCUGCAGCCUGAUCCUCUGCUCUCGCUCAGGGUGUCCGACUCCUACCUCUUCGGGGUACGCUGGUCACCAACAAGGCCCCUCGUUUUUGCUGCCGCCACAGGACAAGGUCUGGUGCAGAUAUUUGAUCUGGGCCGAAAGUCCCUGAGACCAGCAGCCACCAUGGAUCAGCUGACGAGUGGCCAACCAGCCUACUGCAUGGAAUUCAAUCCUUGUCAAACAGACCUCCUGGCGGUGGGCAACGCAGACGGUUCAGUCAACAUCUGGCACCUUAGCACAGAGCUGACAGAACAAGGACACAGAGAGACCGCCCAGUUGGAGCAACUAGCCAAUGAAGUGGCAGAGUGAGUUGAGGCAGGAAAGAGAGGGCCAAUGAAAUUACGAGAUAACCGGCUUGUAAGGUUGCUGGCACACCUGUAUGUAUAGACCGUUUUAAGUAUUAUAGUAUUUAAUAGGCUUGUAUCCUUUGAAACAAAUAGUCAUUACUCUGUUGGUACUAAAGACUGGUUAUUCAGCUCUCCAUUGUUCAUUUUGUACUGAAAUAAAGAGUGGUUUCAUAAUGUAAUAAAAGUACAGAUAA